UUUUGCAUGAAACAGUCAACCACACAAAGGACCUGGAGGGGAGAGACACAGAGAAGGCAGCGGAGGAAGAGAAAGGGUGGCCAGGAAUGAGAUGAGAAGUUGCUCACCCUGAUCAGUCCCGGGUACAGAAACGGCGCAACAUGUUCCAGGCCAAAAUCCCCGGCCCAGCCGCCACGGGCCACGAUUCGGGAUGCAGUCCGUCGGGAAAUGUCCAAAGGUCAAAGUCUUUCAGUGUCAAGCCCCCCGUGAGAGAGCUCUGUUCCAACUGUCAGAAGACCGUUUACCCCAUGGAGAGGCUGGUGGCCGAUAAGCACAUCUUCCACAGUAGCUGCUUCUGCUGUAAGCACUGCAGCACCAAACUAAACCUGGGUACGUACGCCGCCCUCCACGGGGAGUUUUACUGCAAACCUCAUUUCCAACAACUCUUCAAGAGCAAAGGGAAUUACGACGAAGGUUUUGGCCGGCGACCUCACAAAGAUCUGUGGACCCAUAAAGAGCAGUCUGCCUCUGGGGACAAUGCCCCCUGAGAGGCCACUCAACACACAUACACCAGGGGUUUUGCCCCCCCUACCCUUAUUGCACCAAGGGUAGGGAGGGUUUGCUUUAUGUGCCUCAGCUGAGUGCAUAUUUUGGUGCACGUGAAGGCACUUUCUAUAGGAUCUAGCUGGUGCAGUUAAACCCUUCCCUGGCUGGAGGGGGCAUCUUUCAACUCAUUUCAAUGAAUCAGAUGCCACUUAUUCCUCGACAGGACAUAUAGAUCGCGUGACCAUCAGGGCCGCAGCCAAUCCCAGUUCAGGGAGAGAAAUGCGUUUCCUUGAAUUAUGGUUGUAAUUGGUAUCUUGUUUGGGAUGGUUGAAGUUGGGGGAGCGGUGUGGGGGGGGGCAAUCUGGAUGAUUUUGGAUGGCAUUUGGCACAAAUAUCAGGGCUGGAUGAUCACACAGGGAUGUUUGAGGGGAACAGUGAUCACAAAAUUCUUUGUUGUUGCACACGGGAUGGGCUGGCGAGAUAUUGGAAGAUGUCUACGGAAUGCACAAUAUUUACAGUCAGGGAAUAUAUGGCAGAUAGAACCUUUACACGAUGAACUUACCUUUAAUCAUAUCGGGACCUUGGUAACCUUCUAGAAGACAAAUAAGUCAUGUUCUGGAGGUUAUAGAGGAAAAAGUUCCAAUUAUCACAAGUUGGGUGACCACCAAGUUCAAGAAAGCCUCAAAAGACCUUGUGGUCCCUCUGGACAUGCGGGUCAAAGUUAUUGAAAUUGCUAAAAAUACCCAGGGCUGCCAUAGGACCUUCACACAUCAUCACCAGAUUCUUUUUUGACAUUGCAAUUAUCUCACAACAGUCGCUGCCGACUUUUGAAGUUCAGGAUCUCCAGAGGGAUAUCUUCCACCUCUCUCCAGCCAGUUCCCCCACUAAAUAACCUUACUUUUCCCUCUCGCCUUGCGCGAAGGGGAAGCCGAGACAUUCCUUGCUCCUGCUGUCCGUCGGGACUCAAAGCCCCGACGGCGGUAGGAGAAUUUCUUGUACGCUGUGCACUGGGGACGGGGGUUUGUUUACAGACUGUUCUUACCAUACUAAUACACAUACAUGUGCUCUGAUUGUAAAAUUAAAUGAAAAAAAAGAAA